AUGCGGAGCUUCCUCGGUACUGUAUUUAGGCGGAAGUACUACUACUACUACUACUACUACUACUACUACUACUACUACUACUACUACUACUACUACUACUACUGUACUACAAACUCGAGGGCAAAGCAUCAUGUACAAGGUCACCUGAUCUUCUGGUCAGUGACCUUGUUCCGUGAGAUCACUUACUCGACGACCUUUUGGCCCCGCGUUUGCCUUUGA